AUGAAGCAGUUUGUGGCUGAAAUCGUGAGCAUGGGUAAUCUGAAGCACAAGAACAUGGUUCCACUUCUUGGGUACUGUAGAAGAAAAGGUGAGUUGCUUCUGGUCUCUGAAUACAUGCACAAUGGUAGUCUUGACCAAUACUUGUUCCAUGACGAAAAACCGCCCUUCUCAUGGCGUCGAAAACUUAUAACCAUCAAAGAUAUAGCUUCAGCUCUCAAUUACAUGCAUACAGGAGCUCCACAAGUUGUUCUCCACAGAGAUAUCAAAGCUUCUAAUGUUAUGUUAGACGCUGAAUUUAAUGGAAGGUUGGGGGAUUUUGACAUGGCAAGGUUUUACGAUCAUGGGGCAGACCCUGCUACAACUGCAGCCGUGGGAACCAUUGGGUACAUGGCACCGGAGCUUGUUACAAUGGGAGGAGCUUCCACUGCAACAGACGUUUAUGGCUUUGGUGCGUUUUUACUUGAAGUGACAUGUGGGAGGAGACCCGUUGAGCCUGAGUUGCCAGGUGAAAGACGGUAUUUGCUUCAGUGGGUAUGCCAAUGUUGGAAAAUGGCUUCUUUGCUAGGAGCUAGAGACCCGAGAAUGAGAGGUGAGAUCUCAGCUGAGGAAGUGGAAAUGGUGUUGAAACUUGGGUUGCUUUGCACAAAUGCUGUGGCUGAACUGAGACCUUCAAUGGAAGAAGUGGUGCAGUACUUAAAUGAAAGCCUAAAGCUGCCUGAUGUCUCCCCAGAUUCUCCUGGUACGGUUCCUUUACCCCGCUGA